ACAGGCAGAUUUAAUAACAGCAAGGAGCAGGUUUAUACCUUGAGUGCCUCAAUCUUGGCAAACUUAGGUUGAGAACUGUGGAUCCUUUGUAAUUUACUUUCCCAGCAUGAGGCAUAAUUCACAAUUUAGAACAUUUUUAAUGCUUCUUAAAUGUACGCACCCCAGGAGUCUGGAGAACUAAACAUGAUUCAGAAUCUUCCUCCCCUCCCUGUUUGAUAUGUUACAGAAAGGUAAUUUCUAAAUACAGACAGGGUACUCUCUGUGGAAAAAAAAGUCUUUAGAUCCCAGAAUAUCAUCCAGUGCUAACUUACCCGUCCUUUAAAUACUCGUGCAUAAUAAGUUCACUUAAAACUGAUCUAGAAUUCUUAUGCAUUCAUAUCACCAAGGCCUAAAUAUUUUUAUUGCUUACACAGACAGACCUACUCAGGUGAGUACUAUGUGAAAUUACACUAAAAACCAACAGUAACAACAACAACAAAAGUUUUCUGAAGCUUCUAGGUAAAAAUUAAAUUAAAAUAAUUGCUUCUAGAUAAAGCAACACAUUCUCAGACUACUUGAGAUUCCAGAAGUUACACAGAAGAUGAAACUGAAACAACUCAUCUUAAUCAGUGUUUUGCACACUGUAUUGAGACUGCAGAUGGCGCAAACUGAAAGAAACCAAAGGUUGCUUGUAACUAUUCCUGGUAAUAGGAACAAACCCAUUUUUGUUUUAAACAAUAAUAAACUAAUGACUUUCACCCUACUAUAACCAGAUGAAAGAUGGAGAAGGUAUCAUUUGUUAGAAACAAAGUAAUUCUGUUAAUCCUUUACACAUGGAAAGGAAGGAAAAAAGCCAGACAUUUCUUGGAAACACAACUCAUUAGACUUCACAGCAGUCUUUCUACAAACUUCAACAAUCUGAGUUUUGCAUCAACAUACCACUUUUUAAGAAUUCACCCACCUCCAAAGGUGCUUCCUCUACUGUGAUACAUAGCAACUACUUCAAAACCAUUCCAUGAUUCUACAGGAAGCACAGAGCACAAGGCCCUGAUUCAGCAAGCAGCUAAAAGUAAACACAAAGGCUACACUGACUAUCCAAACCCCCAAACCCCAAUCCAGAUGUAGCACAGAGCUGACAGAUUUCAGACUCCUUCAGGAUCAUCCCUCAGAUCCGUAUCAAGUCCUAAUACAAAAUUUGGGCGAUGAUAGCAUGAGUGAUUUCCAGACUUUCGCCGGGAACAGCAACUGCUUUAAAUACUUGGGGCCUAAAGGAUGCUCUCAUUGACCUUGCACAGCAAAAGCAACCCUUCGCAUGGUGGACUCGCUACCCCCGGCUGCCCCGCAGGCCUCCCGAGACGGGGCAGCCUCACUGCCCUUAGCUUCCUCCAAUAACCGCAAACCUGCUCCCUGCUCUCAACGCAGAACCUUAACCCCAGGCUACUCCCUCAACCUCUCUCCCCGCAUCCACGCUGAAUUUAAGGGCAAGCACCCUCUGCUUUCUAAAGCUUUACAGUCAGGCAGAAUGCAGCCUCAAAAAACAGGGGGUGGUGGGAGAAGGAAGAAAACAUCGUUUCCUGUUGCGUUAAUCCCUUCAGUCAGGCUGCCCGGAGCGCGCUGGCCGCCUGCCCGCCGAGGAGGCCGGCAAUGAGCGGCUGCCGAGGACAGCCCGGCCGUUCGGCCCCGCUUGUUCGGCCCCGCUUCCCGCGGCCCGGGAGGCGCCUGGGCGGAGGGGCGGCGCGUUCGGGGCUACCCACCGCUGCCUUCAGCCCUUCACAGAGCCGUGUAGCGCGCGGCCGGGAAGCUGCAGGGGAGGGGGGCGAAGGCUACACACCCAGCAACAGGCCGUCCAUGUCAAAGAUGAGAUAACUCAGUUUUAGUCAUCAGGAUCACUGCUUACAGGUCAAAACCCCGGCAGAUGAAGCAGACAUGAUGGUAGCUAUCUCAUGCUCCCAAGGUGCCACAUUGACCUGAAGAUGUAUGCUGCUUUGAGGUUCUCUGCCAAAGCGAUGUUGGAGGGAAGUGCUCUCUCACCCUGUAGGGUACUCUCCAUGUGGAUUUUAGGAAGUGCAAACCUGUAUUUGGGUGUUCAGUCACUGUCAGACCAGCAGCUGAGGCUGCUCUAAUACCGGGAGAACCACAGUAGCCAGUGGGAAGCACGGCGUACUGCUGCCUGGUGGAAAGAGUAUUUGGUGGAGAGAGAAGUCAUGGGGAAGUCAAGCAGGGAAGAACAGCAGCAGGAGGAGCAGUGAUGGAGUGGUAGUGGAAACAGCAGCACCUGGACAAGCAGAAUUGGACGAAUCAAACAGCUGCAUCCAAGAGGAAGAAGAUGGGACUCCUUUUAUUUCUAACAGUUUUCCAAUGUGCCAUAAAUAGUGUCAAUACCUACAGUGUUUCAAAUCCCAAUGUUGUUUUACUGAUAGCUGAUGAUCUUGGUAUUGGAGACCUGGGAUGUUAUGGGAACAGAACUUUAAGAACACCUAAUAUUGACAGGCUAGCGAAAGAAGGAGUGACACUUACUCAGCAUAUAGCAGCGUCACCACUGUGUACUCCAAGCAGGGCAGCUUUCCUGACAGGGAGAUAUCCUAUCAGAUCAGGGAUGGCUGCUUUUUCACGAGUUGGUGUCUUCUUAUUUUCUGCUUCUUCUGGGGGACUUCCUUCUGAAGAAAUAACAUUUUCCAAACUCCUGAAGCAAAGAGGUUAUGCAACAGCUCUAAUAGGAAAGUGGCAUCUUGGGAUGAACUGUGAAAGGAAUAAUGACUUCUGUCACCACCCCCUCAGUCAUGGAUUUGAUUACUUUUAUGGGCUUACUGUGACCAACCUUAGAGACUGCAAGCCUGGCCAAGGCAGCGUGUUUCUAAAAGGGGUUCAGAGGUACCUUGUCAUCCUAAUCCAAAUCCUUGGAGUCACCGUGGCCUCAUUGGCAAUAGUGCAUUAUAUUGGCUUCUUCAAAGUACCUUUCCAAGCACUGGGCUUCUGUCUGUUAAUAACCUGUAUUUCACUUGCGGUUUUGAUUUUUUUCUUUUUUCAUUUCCGUCACCUGAACUGCUUUUUAAUGAGGGACCAUCAGAUAAUCCAGCAGCCACUAUCCUAUGAGAAUCUUACUCAGAGAUUGACAACAGAAGCUGUACGGUUUAUAGAAAGGAACCAUGAUGCACCAUUUCUUCUUGUCCUGUCUUAUCUUCAUGUCCAUACUGCUCUAUAUGCUUCAAAAAAUUUCAGAGGGAAAAGCAAACAUGGAUUAUAUGGAGAUGCAGUGGAGGAAAUGGACUGGAGUGAAAGAGUAGUAUCUUUUAUUCUUCUGGGAAACAGACAUAGCAUUGGACAGAUUCUGGAUGUGCUGAAGAAUUAUAAUCUGAGCAAUAGAUCUCUUGUAUACUUUUCGUCUGACCAAGGGGCUCAUAUUGAAGAAAUCUCCAGUUCUGGAGAAGUCCAUGGAGGUUGCAACGGUAUAUAUAAAGGUGGAAAAUCAACUAACUGGGAAGGAGGUAUUCGUGUGCCAGGUCUUCUCCGCUGGCCUGGAGUGAUACAGGCUGGCACUUACAUUGAUGAUCCGACAAGUAACAUGGAUAUUUUUCCUACCAUUGUCAAACUUGCUGGGGCACAGUUACCCCAUGACAGAAUUAUUGAUGGACAUGAUCUGAUGCCUUUACUUCAAGGAAAAGUUAUCCGAUCGAAGCAUGAAUUUCUCUUCCAUUACUGUAAUGCAUAUUUAAAUGCAGUGCGCUGGCAUCCAGGAAACAGGAAUGAGGAAUCCCAGCCUGGUUUCCUAGCUGUGCCAUUGGAAAUUUCAGCAUCUCAGAGUCUGUUUCAUCAAAUAAAAGAGACGCUAUCCAAUUUUUGUGAAUCUGUCUGGAAGGUCUUUUUCUUCACUCCAAACUUCAGUCCUGAGGAUUCCAGUGGUUGCUAUGACUCUCAUGUUUGCUUUUGCUACGGAGGAUUUGUCACACACCAUGAUCCCCCACUGCUCUUCGAUCUCUCCAGAGACCCCGAAGAGAAAGUCCCACUGACCCCAGAAACAGAGAGUCAGUUCUAUGAAAUUCUCAGGGUCAUACAGCUCGCAGUAGAUAACCACACCAGAUCGCUGCAAGCUGUCCCUGACCAGCUGUCCUGGAACAACCUUCUCUGGAAGCCGUGGCUCCAGCUAUGUUGCUCAUCCAUGUUUCCGUUUUGCUACUGUGACUAUGACUCGGAAAACAUCCUGCCAGAGGUGCAUUCUGGAUAAACAAACUGCAACUUCCUUGUUUUCCUUCUCAGAAUAAGGAGAAUGUCUAGAUAGCUUUAGAAGUCUUUGUUAUAUAGGAUGAACUGUCUUUAGUACAAUAUUACAGUAGAAUUUUAGAAAAUAUGCCAUGAGAAUGAGCUUAAAACACAUCUGCUCUGACUUAAUAAUACAAUAAAUUGUAUAAAGAACAUUUUGUUGCCCUUAUCUACAAAAGUAUGCAUUUUCUAGAGGAGAUCAUUUUUUGCAUUUUCAGCUUUAACAUUGUUCUUACACGCUGAGGAAUUUACUUAUUGUUUCUGCCAACUACAGCCACUAAAUGCAUACUUUACAGUCCUUUUCAGUAAGUAUUAUUCACCACUAUUAUGACAUUCUACCAAAAAUUAACAAAUAGAGAUAUAGUGGUGGAGAGGUCCAUGUGACUGUAAUUUGAUAACUGAUAGAUAAGUAAGGAACAGAUUUGAUAGCUAUAUCAGUGAUAUAUCAGUGAUAUAAUAAACAGACUGCCAAGAAUCUAAUAUUGCAUGUGCCAUAAAAAUAUAGUGUGUAGUGGAAGACCUUAGUCCACAUUAAAAUGGUGUUCCCUCACUAGCAUCAUGCUGCAUGAUAUCAACCUUUGUUUGGAAAGGAAACCACUUCAAGUGCAGAAGUGGGUGCUUAAAUGAGUACUAUAACUCUCCUGGAAAACAUGCAAGCCAAAUUCAUACUCUCUCACUUACCCCAUCAUCAAAAUUAGAUCAGUAAAUAAAUAAAUGUUUAAUCCCCAAGGUAGGCAAACCCUGACAUUCAUAACCUAAUUGCUAAAAUGAAAUAUUUGGUCCAUACUUAAUAGCUGCAUUCCAAAUUUAUACUAUAAUAGUAAUUUUUUUAAAACGUAUUUAUUUACCAUACCUGUUCUUCCACGGAUAAGUGCAGUGUGCAUCACAAAUACAUAAUAUUUGGUCUUGCUUUAAAUAUUUUUGCUGUUACUUAAGCUCCUUGAAUGAGAUUUACCAUUUUCAGAGAAUAAACUUGGACUUGAGCAUUUACAUUUUCUCUAAGCCAAAUAUAACUGUCUCCAAGUUCUCGGGCCUUGGGAAAUCUACAAUACUUCAGGGCUAAUUUCUGUAUCCAUUUUUAUCUUUGUCUUAUUCAGUCACAUUUUUUGUUUGCUCUAUACCCAGGCAAACUAUUUUAUUUGGCAGUUUUUACCAGAGCAGAACAUAUCAGCAAAAUACUAAAAUGAUUUGAUGCUUGAUAAUAGAAGGUGACUUGCUUCUUAUCAGAAAACACUAGUUAAUUCCAACAUUAUGGUGUAUUACAAUCUGUUUGGUGGUAUUAGUGCAACACUAAUGCAAAAGGGAUCUCAGUUGAUAAUAAUGCAGUAGCUUCAGCCAGCAGACAUUGAGGUUGUGACCCAGUUGUUGGGAGCUGCCGAAGCCUGUCAUAUAAAAAUAUAUUGUGAUAUAUGGUAUAUUUCUCUCCCUGUAAAAUCUAUUUUAUUUGAUUUUUCUCCUGCAAUUUCCUGUCUUGGGAAAUGUUGUACUCUUUCCUUGAAGUCCAAUUUUUGAUGUUUCACCUUGUGUUUAUGACUGUGUACUUAAGUACGUGCUCUGUGACCUCUCUGUAGCAAAAUCCUAUGUGUGGUGAUGAAGUUAGUCAGUUCAGAUAUUUCCCCAGUAGCCUCUCAGGACUGUUUAUAUUGUAUCUGGAAAGCUGUCAGGUGGCCGUUCAUGCGGCAUAAUUCCCUCCUUGCUUUAUUUAAACACUGAAUGUACAAGAUAAAUUUAGUAAGAAAGAUCCCUCUGGUUUAAAUACAAAUACUCCUCUGUAGUGUUCAUGACAGAAUCUAUGUCUCCCAAAUUCCUGGUCCCCAUCUUGUGGCCAAAGAGCUCAUUAGCGCUGCUCCCUCCACACCUGCCCUGCAGUUGGAGGGAAGCCUAACUGCAGCCAGGUUGGAGGAUGUUCUCUCCAGUUACCACAGCUCUCCUGCAGCUUAUGUAGUCUUUGCAAGCAAAUGUUCCUGAUGAAUCAUAUGGGCAAAAAUAUAUGUUAGGUAUGUAGCUGAAACUCAGACAAGGCAUCAUUGGAUCUCUUUUGCUUCCACAGUUUCUAGGCUGUGACCUUAACAGGGACCUCAGUUUAUACUGUUAAGGACAUCCACGCCUACUUUUCAUCAGGAAGAUGCUAUGUUACUGUUAUGUCUUUACUUUCUGCAGGUUCAAGAAUUGUUUUUCCUCUCAGCAUAGCAGCUGAUCUGUGCUGCCUGUCUGAGUUACCAAAAAUGAUAAUUUUUCUUCUGCUCUGAUUUCUUCUUGACUGAGUAGAGACUUUCUUUUAUACCCUCCUUGGGUUUUGGUGUUGUCUCUCUUAUGUCCUUUCUUAAAAUCUUCAACCCCUGAAACCCUUUUCCACUUAUUUCUUUGCCACCAAGUCCUCCAAUUUGCACGUCAUGUUGACCGCAAUGGAUAUUUUGCCCUGAUCUGUCAGAAAGUAAAAAGUGGUCUGUGAAAUGAAGUGAUUUUUACAGCACCUUGAGUCAGCAAACCUUCUACUUAUUUAACUUCCAGCAAGAAUUAACAUUGCAUUAUAAAAUCUAAGAAAUGAAAGCUCACACAAGGUACCCUGAAUAAAAAAAGUUAUUUCUUGUUUGUGCCAGAAGCUUCAUAUUUACCAAAAUUUAAUUUAAUAUAGCAUUUAAUAUUUUGACAUCAGCAAUAAAAUCAGAAGUUCAUUUUUACAACUGUUGCUUCAAGAAAGAUUCUUUUAAAAAUACAUAGUAUUUUUCAUUGCAAUGCUAUUUCAUUUAAUGCCUAAAAUAAACCUUCCCUGUACUGAAAAUGUAUUAUAUCUUCCAGUACUGCACCUUCUGUUCUAGAGAUAGCAUGUCAGAUCAUGGUAAUUAAAAUACUCUUGUUUAUCUGCGAAAUAAAAUGAGAAGUACGGUAUACCAUUUUUAUUAUGGCAUUGCCUGAUCUAAUAUGGAAAGUUUUGUUUUUCAUAACAAGUUGUUGAUGGUAUAUAUGUGAAUCACAAUUUAUUAGCAAGGAAGACUUAAGGAGAAUGUGCAACUCUUUUACUUUGAGACUGGCUUUCAAUCUAUCAUUUAACUAUCAUCUAUAUUGUAACAUGGUGCCUGACAGUAGAAUACAUUAUUUUAAACUGUGAGUUCAGAUUCACAGGAAAGUAUAUUCCUCUAGAGAAUUAUUUAACAGUAUCACGUUGUAGUUUAUCACAGAGUCCCUGUAUGGCCCAGAGCAAGUCAUUUAACUCUGUUUCUCAGCUCCUCAUCUUUUCCUAAAGAAUGAUAACAGUUUUUCUCUAACUGCUAGGAAUACUGAAAGAGUAAAAAGUACUUAAAGUAGUGAGUUGGUAAAGGUGCACUUUCUGGUCACCUUCUCUAUAAAACAUACAAUGUAAGAGAUGGAAAACUAGGCUGUAUAAAGGUAUCCUUAAACUUCAGAUGUGCAUGUAGGUUCUGUGCUCACUUUUUAACACAAGUGGGGUUAGGGCCUGGAGCAGAGAGCAGAUGGCUAAAAAAGAUGCAUGUGGAGAAAGAUGUCAAUCACUUAUAUCUAUUUUAUUCUCAGUCUUUCCUCUUUUAGCAGACAUUGGACACCACAUGGAAUUAUUUCAAUAUUUCUCCCUUGCGGACUGGAUGUCAAAGGUUCCUGGCUUUUAAAAACUGGAAUGUUCUGACUUGCCUUAAAUUACUGUGCAAAAAAAAAAAAAAAAAAGAACAAGAAAAGAAAAUACAGUCUUUUGGAGGGAGUCAGUUCAGUGAAAUCCAACUGAAAGUUCAGUGAUCGAAGUGAAUAUGGUCCAUGUCCUUCACAGCUCAGUGAGAGUCAUCACUUGUCAGCAACAGCUUAUCUCACAUAGUCAUAAUGUGAGAUCUGGGCAUUCAAAUGUGUGGACAAUGUAGAAAAAUUUAACAUAAGAUGUCAUUCAAUAUAGGAAAAUAAUUGAGAAAGUCAUAAAAAGAGAGCAAGCAUAGCUGCAGGAAUGCAAUGUUUUAAUGCCAUGUAUGCUAGCUUACCUUAUACUGCCUUUUUACUUCCGUGCACUGAUCAAAUAGGAAAGCACAAUUGCUGAAGCAUCUAAUGCAUUGGUUACGCUUUGUACAGCUGUUGUCAUUAGGGGACAUGUAUUAAAACUUUUUUUUUUAACUUUCAUUAGGACAUGCAAAUUCUGUACAUAAGACAGACAUUUGCGUCUUUAUUGUUUCUCUUUCCUCUGGCCUUACCUGUACACCAUCAGAAAUAUGCUUUGAGGAGCUCACUUUCAGGAGUACUCAUCUUGGACGAGUACACUGCAAGCAGUGAGGCUGGGUGUGUGGGCAGGAGGAGAGGCUGGCGUAACAGAACUCUGCACUGGGAGCCACUGGGGAGCAAAUGUUGUUCUGAGGAUUGUCUCCAACCUGAAGACGGAGUCCUACUAAUUGCAAGUGUAUUUGAGUCUAUCAGGAACUGUGAGCGAGCAAGAUGAACAAGGGCACAUUUGUGGCUAGCUGGUCCCUGUCGUGCCAGCUGCCAAAUGAAAAGUUGCUGGGGGCCCAUGGGGAUGCAUGAUCCCAUGCUCCCCCUAAGUCGUCAUUCAGGAGGUGAUAUCUUAAUCUGAAAUUUCGCGGUAUGAGGGAGCAGCAGUCACACUUUCUGUUCCUGGGAAAGCCGGGAGACCUGAGCCAGACCCUCAGGCCUUCCAGCCUCACUGGCUGCAACAACUGCAGAUAACUCAAGGAGUGCUAGGAACACUGAUAGACCAUGGGGCUUUUCCAGAACAUUCCAAUGUUCUCAGUAGUUUUCAUUCACAUUGAAAGCAACAAGAAUCUUCCUAGAACUUCACCUGCACAACAGAGAAGGGAUGUUACAAGUUGUUCUUAAGAUUAUCCACAGCAACUAUAGUCUGCCAGCUCAGCACUCAGAGCAAUGAGCUUGCACCAACAAAAGCUUCAAUCACUGAAGUUUUUCUAAGCUCAUGGAAAGAACUGGAUUCCAGCUUCCCAUUGAAGCUUGCAAUACACUAGCUUGUUCGAUUAUCCUAUGGUCACAUCUUUAAUUUUAGUUAAAGUUAUCAAACAGUGCAGACUUUGAAUGAUCAAUUUUGUAGUGCUAAAACAGCACCCUCUGAAUACUUAGAAAGCAUUUAUUUAAUAUUAAUCGUGCUCGCUUCCCUGGGUAGAGAAAUGUCAGUCUUACCUAUAAAAGAGUCGUGCCGUAGGUAUUUCUCUUGAAAAGAAAAACUGUAUUUGAAAUGCUUAUAUGGCCAACUCAGUUACAAAAGUAGCCCAUUCGACAUUGUUUAUUCUAUGGUUAUCAACGAAUAAAGCCUUUCUAUAUGAAUAAUAUUUAAUUGAACUUGAUUUAUAUGAAAAAAAUUGUGAAGUUCUUGAAAUUAUAAGGCAGAGCACUUCAUUUUGACACGUAAGAGAAUUUCAUAUGAAUUUGCUUUGUGUAACAAUAUUUAUUACAAAAGGUUAGAGACAAAGCAUCUCAAAAACCUUAUGAACUUAGAUUGGGCUGUAAGAGAAUAUCUUCAGUUUACUAUGGUCGUCAUUGCUCUCAAAUGAAACCAAGCUCUGAAGGAAGACAAAAAACAACCUUUAAAAAUGACUUGCCUGUGAUAGUGAUAAAAACGAUCACUAGGAACUUGUAACUUGUACCACAUGUGAAAAAAAACAAUAUUUAUCUUUUGCCCAAUGCCAUCUCCUGUGAAAUAAACAAAAUAAUUAGAUUUAGAAAAGUGUUCUGAUUGAUUUGCAAUUGCCAAUCUCAUGUGAUCAUAUGCAAUGCAUUGGUAAGCAGCUGAUUAAUGCUACCAGUAAGAUAACUGUUUAAGCUCAAGAUAUAUUGUUAGAAUAGGAAUUUUAGAUCCUAACACCUCAGUGUCUAAUACAUAUGAAAAACACAUUCAUCCAGCAACAUCUGAUCUCUGACCAGGCUUUUUAACAACAUAUUAUUCAGCAAAAGAAUUUGCUUGGGGCCCCAUCCUGCUCUCCUGUGAUACUUAAUAAAAAUAAGGGGAAAUCCUGCUUGAUGGCAAGAUUUAUGCCACUGAAUGACAACUGUCUUUGAUUGUCGUUCAGCAAAAUUCUGUAGUGAGAGGCCAUCCCUAGCAGCUAGGUGGCAUUCUGCUCUUUCUGGAAAUUAAUGACAAUGAAGUGUUUAGAUGCAAUUCAAGCAGUGACAUUAAUGAGCACUAUGUGGAAGCUGCAGAUUAACAGUUGUGCCUAUCAGUUUCUAAGCACUCAGUACCAGGCUUCAUAGAUGGAUGCCAUGUUCACAUGUUAAAUGUGGGCUCAGUUUUAAAUCUCUCUUGGAUUUCUCCUUAUUUUCCAGACCUAUAGUGGGGAACGCAGUUCAAUUUAAAAAAUCUUGCUUGGCAGACUUUUUAAGACUGAUUUAUAGAGGUAAACCUUUUUUGUGUGUGAAAGGAGAUUGUUACACAGUUUGAUGUGACUAUUCAUUAAAAUCUAGAUAAUGGCCUUAAUGUGUGAAGGUUCGAGUGUGGAUUGUAAUGGAUAAACGUCUUGAUAUCACAGUGUAACAACCUCCUUUCAUGCAAAAGAAGAGGUUUUCAUCCAUGAAACUGUCUUAGGUAAAGUUGCAGAUAGGUAGCAGUGCUCUAGGAGACUUCUGAGGAACCAUUCUUGACUAUUGCCACAGUUCCUCAUAUGUGUUGAAAAUGAUGCAAACUGGAACUGAAUUUUUGCUAAUCAUUGAAAUCUUGCUACACCUAAGCCUCUUUCAGUUAUUGUAGAAAGGCACCAGCCCUCAACCAUAAGCUGUGGCUCCUUUUAUCCAACUGAUUCUCAGGGUACAAACCUUUAAGCUAGUUACACUAACCUGACAAUGCUGAAGGAAUAGAUCAUUUGGAAAGAGGUAAACAAGAGAAUGUGGAGUAUGUUCAUAAACUGAUGUUUUGGGUGUGCUUCCCAUCUCUGACACCAGUUACAGGCCCCAGACACAGUUUCAUUCUGUACUGUCUAGCCUUGCUGUGAUGCGGGAGAAAGUAUAGAGUCCAUAGGCAAAAAAUGGACUUGGACCACCAAUUAUGGCAUGGCUAAUUUAAAAACAAAAAAAACAUAUAACAUAAACAAACAAAGAAAAAACGACUGUGGAGUUCAUCAGAGAAUGCAUCUGCAAUCCAGAUUAGAGGAGCCAAGCAAAUUAUCAGGAGAAUGAGGGACGAGAUCAAAAUUUGUGAAGGCAUACAUACUGGGAAUGAAGAAAAUCACCCAUCUUUCUGUUAAUACUGUGCCAAUGGGUAGCAAACAAUCAUAAAUUCAGGGAAUCGGGAAGAGGAUAGUACUCCCUAGAGGUAAGGACACUCAGUUAGGUGGUGAUGACAGCCUUGCUAAAAAACUUCAAGACUGAUUAAGUACUUUUAAUCACAAGAAGUACAUAGAUCACCUCUAGAGCAGAAAGAGACAUACCUUAGGGCUACAAAGUCACUUUAUGUUACUUACUCCCUGAUCCAGUGAGUCUAGGAUCCUUGCCUACAGAGUGGCAAAGCUCGUACAGGAAAGGUUGAAGUUAUUGUGAUUCUCUUUUGCCACUCUCUUUUCACACUCAGCCAGCUGCUUUGUUUAAAUUUCAUGUCCCAUCUAGAAAAGAGUCAAGGAAGGAAGGCUUAGAGGAAUGAUCUCUUUUACUUGAUCACAGAAUUUGCAGGAAAUCUGUACUUGUGCAGGAAGAACCCCAUUCUUGCAUUGUCAAGUAUGCUCUGAAAACAGGAUCAGAGUCCACAGACAUUGUGGGAGAAUGUAUUUCCAGAAAGCUUCAGAAGUCAGUAUAGGUAGUAGUGUAGUUCCAGGUCUCAGAUUUAUCUUACUUAAUUUUGUGUACUCACAUUGAAUGUAUCUAGAGCUGAGCUACCUUCCAUUUCUACCCAAGAGAGAGGAAAACAAGAUAUGUCUAGCGUAACUUGUAUGACUACUUUCAGACGAGAUUGGUUAUGCCUAGAAGUCAUUCUUUAUUGCUUUUUCGUAUAUUUAAAAAAAAAAAAAAAAAAGAGGCAUGGGAUAACCAGCAAAACCUGCAUAAACCUCAAUACGUUUGUGUUUAGGCAGCUGAAUCUCACUUCGAUCUCCUGGAAUCUUUAAAAUCUUAUUGUAAAGUAAGAAUGUUUUCAAGAUUGUUCAAAGGAAGCUUUUCACAAUCAGAAUUCUGCAACUAAAUGCCAAAAGCUUCUUUUAUUGAUUGCUUGUUGGUUGGUUGGUUUGCUGCUUUUUGUUUGUUGUUUUUUUUUUUUUCAUCUGAUCUUCAGUUCUUUUAGUCUCCACCAUGCUCUGCAAAUCAGUGAAGAAAGAUCUUAAUGAAAUUAUUUAAAAGAAGUGCCAUCAUUAUACAGGUCAAGCAAUUUGUUUUUAAGGUCAUAUUAAUCAUUUUGUAUGCCAGCAUUUUAAUUAUUGUACUAGGAUGAGAUAUUUUUUAAUUAGAAUAGAGUUUUGCCAACAGUAAAUUAAAAUCUUUUCCAAUUUACAUUUUCUGUUAACAUCAAUUAUGAUUUUGUUGAAUGAGCUGGACUUGAAGAAUACUGCUCAAGUUCUGGAAAAAGUCGUGACAUUUAAUAUACAGCAGUCAGUCUCUAAUAUAGUGUGUGCAUAUCUGUGGUGUUAAAAAGCUCACAUUUUUACAUAAAUACCUUAUGUCUUCCAUCUUCUAGUAUCUCCAGAAAUACUUAUUUGCCAAGCAAAUAAAUAAAGUGCUUGAAUUAUGCAUGCAAAAUUA